AAAAUAAUAAUAAUAAUAUUAUUUUUCAUUAUUAAAAAGGAUGAUUUUCCAUCUUUGUUUUCUCUGUAAAGUUGUCGAUCCAAAUGUAGAUUAAUUAAUUGUAAUUUUUUAGUGAAAUCUAUGGUCCUUUCUUCAACUUAUCAUCAUCUACUUCUUCUUCCUUCCAAUAUUUAGUUUCUUGAUCUCAUAUUCAUAAUAUUAAGCAAAAAGUAGUAGUUAUUGUGAUAUAUUGAUUGGAUUUCUUUGAAGUAUAUACAAUGGGUGAUUCUUCAACUCAAUACAUCCACUUGGUGCAUCACUUGAUUGAAGAGUGUUUAUUGUUCAACAUGAGUAGAGAGGAAUGCAUGGAAGCACUCUCUAAACAUGCAAAUAUCCUGCCAGUUAUCACCUCCACAGUGUGGAAGGAGUUAGAGAAGGAGAACAAAGAGUUCUUUGAGGCGUACAACAAGAAAGACAAGAAAGAAGGAUCAACAACAACAAGUAAUAAUAGUAAAGAAUCUGAAAUAGAGAUAACACGACAGAGAGUAGACAAGUUGCUCUUGGAUUCUUCCUUUCCAAAAGACAAAAAUAGUAAUUAAUUAUCUCAUGUAUUAUAUUUUGUUAUGUCUUCCACAUGGUCUUAAUUUACUAGUAAAAAAGUCAAAAGCAGAUAAUAUAAUAUAAAGUCAUGUAAAUUUCGGAAUUUGAUGAAUAAUUCUACAAGCAACGAAGAGGUAAUAAAGGUGUGGGUUUUACUAUA